GGAGAAGGGGAAACCUGGACAGUGGGGACCCCUGGGAUCCCCAGGACAACAAAGUGGAAAACCUGGAGAGGGGGAAUUUCUGGGAAUGCAGCACCCCAAAGGAUUUGUCCUUCCCAAAGCUUGGGCGGAUGGAGGAGGAGGCUGCGAGGAAGAGGAAGAUGCCUUGGGCCCCCCAGGCAGGCCCCGAGCUGAGGACGGAGAGCCCGGAGGACAAAUCCCCCCGUGAGACCCUGGUGGGAGAGGCCGUUUUGAAGGGCUCCCCGGCGCAGGAAGGCAGCGGGGAGGAAAAGGGCCGGAGAUCCCCCCGCAGGAGGGGCUCCAAAGCCAUCCCAGGGUGCUCUGAGGAGGAAAGAACCAGCCUGUGCCGGGAAGGCGGCCAGAGUUUGAGGGGGAGCUCUGAGCUGGUGGACCCUGAUCAGCCUCCCAGCUGGGAGAAGCCGUUCAGGUGCUUGGAAUGUGGGAAGAGCUUCAGGCUGAGAACCCACCUGCUCACCCACCAGCACAUCCACACUGGGGAACGGCCCUACACGUGUGGAGAAUGUGGGAAGAGUUUCAGGGAGAGCUCCACCAUGAUCCGACACCAGCACAUCCACACUGGGGAAUGGCCCUACACAUGUGGGGAAUGCGGGAAGGGCUUCAGUGACAGCUCCAGCCUCCGCAAACACCAGCGCGUCCACACUGGAGAACGGCCCUACACGUGUGGGGAAUGUGGGAAGAGGUUUCAGACCAGCUCCAGUCUCGUCCAGCACCAGCGGACGCACACGGAUGAGAGGCCUUUCAGCUGCACCGACUGCGGGAAGGGCUUCAACCGGAACUCCACCCUCAUCACCCACUGGCGCAUCCACACUGGGGAACGACCCUACAAGUGCUUGGAAUGUGGGAAGAGGUUUCACACCAGCUCAGAUCUCCUAAAGCACCAGCGGACACACACGGAUGAGAGGCCCUUCUGCUGCACCGACUGCGGGAAGGGCUUCAACCGGAACUCCCACCUCGUCAGGCACCGGCGCAUCCACAGCGGGGAGAGGCCCUACAAGUGUGGGGAGUGUGGGAAGAGCUUCCUCAAGAGCUCUGCCUUGACCAGACACCAACGGACCCACCACUAAGGGAAGCCCUGUGA